GCCGCCUACCAGCCGCCUCCUCCUCCCCCCGCCGCGCCUCCGCCUCCUGCCCCCUGCAGCGGGGUUACCUGUCACGGGGAGCCCGCUAAAUUUUACGGAUACGAUAACUUACAGAGACAGCAGAUUUUUACGACACAGCAAGAGGCCGAGCUGGUACAAUAUCCUGACUGUAAAUCGUCCAGUGCUAAUAUUGGCGAGGAACCAGACCACUUAAAUCAGAGCUCGUCUCCUGCUCAAAUGUUUCCCUGGAUGAGACCACAAGCAGCGCCGGGUAGGAGGAGAGGAAGACAAACAUACAGCCGAUUCCAGACUCUAGAGCUGGAAAAGGAGUUCCUCUUUAACCCCUAUCUGACCAGGAAGAGGAGGAUCGAGGUGUCCCACGCACUAGGACUCACCGAGAGGCAGGUAAAGAUCUGGUUUCAGAACAGGAGGAUGAAAUGGAAAAAAGAGAACAACAAGGACAAAUUCCCCGCUUCCAGGCAGGAGGGAAAGGAAGGGGAGGCCAAAAAGGAAGCACAUGAUCUGGAAGAAGACAGACCUGAAGGCCAGACGAAUUAA